UAGGCUCUUUGUUUCCCUCUGUCUUCUAACACUUCUCUGUCAAUGGGAAGAAUUGUUCGUUUACAGGACAAAGAGGGACAGAAGAGGGUAAACAAGCAAGAGAGGAACAAAAAGAGUGGGAUCAAGAAGCGACACAAUCAGAUCCCUGCUGUCACACUCUUAUCACAGCACUUUCUGGCUGUCGGCAGUCCAGCCUUGCUGCUGUUGCCUCUGUAUUGUCCAGCGCACACUGUUGCUGCGAUCACCUGAUAGUCUCAUGUUGUUGUGUGAAUUUAGUCCACCGCUAUUCUUAGUCCUUGCUUUGGCUGGCAGAGGUGGAGAGAGGAGAGGCAAGAGGAAUAGAGAGGGAGAGGGUUGAGGAAAGACUGGCAAAUUCGCUAUCAUGCUCAGCUGGCCACUGCCCCAGCUGGAGCCCAGUCAGAUCAGGCUGAUAGUGUACCAGGACUGUGAGAGGCGCGGCAGAAAUGUCCUCUUCGACUCCAACGCCAGGAAAAAGGGCACGGAGGAAACCCCUGUUAAUAGCACUGACGGCCAGGUAAAGAUGUUUGGAAAAUGCUGUCAGCUCCGUCCUGCCAGAGGGAGCUGCAGUUCCUUGGACAGCUCCUCCUCCUCCUGCACUUCUGAAACUAAGGAAACCAAGGAGCACGGCCUCCGCUUCCAGGGUUCCAGGUGUUCAUCUGAUGUGGUGAUGCUGGGGGAGAUGAUGUUUGGUUCUGUGGCCAUGAGCUACAAAGGCUCCACACUCAAAAUCCACCAGAUCCGAUCGCCGCCUCAGCUGAUGCUGAGUAAGGUUUUUACAGCCAAAACAGGGAGCAGUGUGUACGGCAGCCUGAACACGUUACAGGACAGCCUUGAGUUUAUUGGGCCAGAGACCAACACCCUGAAGCCAGAGCAGAACACGGGGCCCAACAAUCUUCUCGGGAACAUGGGAUUUUCUCAGCUCUGCAGCCCUCGAAGGGCCUUCUCUGAACAAGGCCCACUGCGCCUCAUCAAGAGCGCCUCUUUCUUUUCAGGUCACAGUCACCCCAUGGACAUGCCAGGUCGAGGGCCGCACGAUGAGAGGGACAGUGGCAUCGCCAGGUCAGCCUCACUGAGCAGCCUCUUGAUCACUCCCUUCCCGUCCCCCGGCUCCUCCUUAACCAGCAGCUGCGCCUCCAGCUAUCAGCGCCGCUGGCUCCGCAGUCAGACUACGAGCCUGGAGAACGGCGUCUUUCCCCGAUGGUCAGUAGAGGAAAGCUUCAACAUGUCUGACGAAAGCGGCGGCCCGAGUCUCGGCGUCGCCCGGAAGAAGAAGAUUGCCAUCGGAGUUAUAUUCACGCUGUCUUCCAACUCUGAGGAAAACAGCCACUUCCAGGAGUUCUUCUUCUCCCACUUCCCUCUCUUUGAGAGUCACAUGAACAAACUCAAGAGCGCAAUUGAGCAGGCCAUGAAGAUGAGUCGGCGGUCAGCUGAUGCCAGUCAGAGAGUUCUGGCUCACAGCCGAAUGGUGGACGGACUGAACGAGUUCAGGAUGACCAUCUGUGACCUCUACACAAUGCCCCGCGUGGCCGAGCCCGUCUGGUUGACCAUGAUGUCUGGAGCAUCGGAGAAGAACCAGCUCUGUGGUCAAUUCAUGAGGGAACUCUCUCUGCUGAUGGAGCAGGCCUCCAAGAACCAAUUCCUACCUGCGUUGUUGACAGCCGUCCUGACCAAUCACCUGGCCUGGGUUCCCACAGUAAUGCCAAAUGGUCAGCCUCCAAUCAAGAUCUUCCUUGAGAAACACUCAUCCCAGAGUGUUGACAUGCUGGCAAAAACACAUCCGUACAACCCCCUGUGGGCACAGCUAGGGGAUCUGUAUGGAGCAAUUGGAUCACCAGUAAGGCUGUCCAGGACGGUAGUGGUUGGCCGCAGACAGGAGCUGGUCCAGAGACUCCUUUAUAUCCUCACCUACUUUAUCCGCUGUUCGGAGCUGCUGGAGACCCACAUGCUGGACAGUGCUGAGGACGAAGCCAUCGUAAUGCCCGGCUCCCUCAUCACUACGUCCCUUAGAAAAGGGGAGGUGGAGGAGUCGGACUAUGUACUCGUGACCGUCCACAAACCCAGAGGGGAUUACCUGUCCCAAGGGACCCACGGCCAGCAGGCCGAAGCUGAGGACGGCAGCUACCGCUCAGACAAUAGCCUCCAGAGCAGCACUUACACGGACAUGGAGGUGGAGCGGAGCUCCUGUGAACCACCCAAAGAUGACAACGAGGAAGAGGAGGAGGAGGAGGAGAGAGAUGAGGAAGAGAGCGGUGAGAGUCAAGGGUCCAGAAGCAGCGUGCUUCAGUCUGGAGUUGGUGAGGGCUCAAUUCCAAUAAUUAGGACUGCAAACAAACCUGAAACUGGAGACCUGCACAGAGAGAUGAGCGUCCCUCUAGUCUCAAAAGCUAAACUAGAGACCGAGCUGCAUGUUGGGUCGGCGUGCAUGAGGAGGCAGGACUGUGUGCUGGAUACAGAGACCAAGGACAACCUCCAAUUCAGCAUCCCAUCCAUACCAAGUGUUUCUCCGUCUCUCUCCACGGCAGACAACACAAGUGCUGGCGCUGAGGCUUGCAUAGGUUCUUCAGUGGGGAACCUGCCCAGCAAAGUGGGGAUCCCUUUGGAAAAGAAGCCCCCAGAUAAGAUCCUGGCCGGAGCAAAAGUGAUACCAGGUAAAGCAAUCUCAGGGCCCAGGGCUGUGACUUCAGCAGAUGAGCAAGAGCCUGCAACAAAAGUCACGUUCCUCAUUGGAGACUCUUUGUCUCCAGAGUCGGACACGGAGAGUCAGAGAAAAAGGAUGGAGGAGGAAAUCAAAAAGCACAAGAAGCAGCAACAUUACCCUCAGCAGCGAGGAGCACAUUCAAUAACCAGCAGCACCAGCUCAUCAGAGGACCAAACCAAACCGACCAAGGCAAUCCCAGCACUGCAGCGGACGUCCAGCACAAAGGCCCAGUGGAGCCUGAACCCCAUGCAGAAAUUUGAUGAGUAUUACAGUGUGGAUAAUCACGAGGAGGGGAGGACUUCAGACGAUGUGGAGAAGCAGCAGGAGGCCAGCGGCACUGAUGCUGCACACAAACAUUUGUCCAACCCUUCGGAGAUCCAUCUGCUAGAAGAUCCGAGCUGUCAGGGUGCAGGCACUAGACAGGGUUUGGUCAUGUGCUUAGGUCCACCUAGUGGACAGGUGAGAUCCAGCAGGAAAGGAGACUCUUCGGUGGAUGUUCAGGAGAGGUGCAGGUGUGAUUCUGCAAGUUCUUCUGACAUUUGCUGCUGCAGGAGCUGUCCUGUUGAGCAGGACAAGGACCUUGUGUUGUCUGUUCCUCUCCUCCGAGAGGGAAGCAACAGCAUUAAAGACCAAAAGUGCAAAGUGCUGCCUGUCAAUGACUGGGAAAUACCUCGAAAUGAGAGCUCAGACAGCGCGCUGGGGGACAGUGAGAGUGAGGAGACAGAAGACUGGCAAGAGGAAGUGCUGGUUCCCUUCCCUGGGGCAAAAUUGGUGGAGAACUACUCAAAGCCAACCAUUGCCAAUUUUGGCCGGUCUCUCUUUGGGGGCUACUGUCCCACCUACGUACCAGACUUUGUUGUUCAUGGAAUCCCCAGUGACGACAAGCUCCGGCAAAGUCUUACAACCGAGUUAACCCAUGCGGUUCAGCAUCCUGUUUUGGAUGAGCCUAUAGCUGAGGCUGUCUGCAUUAUAGCAGACACAGACAAGUGGACAGUUCAGGUGGCCAGCAGUCAAAGACGAGCAACAGAUGUCAACAAACUUGGGAAAGAAGUGCUGGUUUCUAGUCUGGUCUCCAGUUUGCUGCAGUCCACUCAUCAGCUCUUCAAACUCAACCUCUCACCCAACUUUUGUAUAAUGCACCUUGAGGACCGACUGCAGGAGAUCUACUUCAAGAGUAAGAUGCUUGCUGAGUAUCUGAAGGGUCAGACCAGAGUCCACGUGAAGGAACUGGGCAUGGUUUUAGGAAUCGAGUCCAGCGACCUUCCACUGUUGGCUGCUGUUGCCAGUACUCACUCCCCCUACGUUGCUCAGAUCUUACUAUGAGACUAUCAACACGAAGAACAUUGAGGCCUUGUUGAUGACCUGAAAAAGUUUGCCUGUGAAACACCAACAUUGUUUCCUGACCUGUGGGUCUUUCUGGGGUUUUAUUAUCAAGGACCUGAGCUGUGUACACUUUCAUGGACCAGAGUCUCAGACAGAGCCGACACUUCUGCUGAUCUUAGUGUGAUGUGGAUGUUACACCACCAGGUGGAGGUAGAGAGCAGGUGGAGUGAGGCUCUGCAGAAGACUGAAUCCUCUCUGAAAAUACCCGAAUGUUUCUUUUUUAAACCAGACUUUUUAUAUGUUUGGAAGCAAAAGCCAAAGACUUUACAUUUUCCUGGAGAGAUCGAAAUUUUUCUGAGGCCUAUAAAUGUAGUAUUUUUUUUCUUCACCCAGUAUCUUCACCUGCGCAAUCGUACAUAUGGAC